AUGGGUAGAAAAUCGACUAAUCCUCUGGGCACGUUGUACUUUACGUAUGACAUUCAAAAGAAUGAAUCAACGUGCAACAUUGAAAACUGUCGACGACCUUUACUAAAAGGUCGCCAUAGUAACAAUCUCGAAAAUCAUAUCAAAUGCUACCAUGACAACGAAUAUAAAGUUUUACAGAGAAUGAAAAGUGAAAAUGUUCUCCAAGAAAAACGUCAGCUUGAUGAUGCUAACGUAGCACUUCCGUCAUUAAAGCUAGACAAGAGUACUUUAUUAAAAGCUUGUACAGAACUGUUUACCGUAAAUGGUCAUCCUUUUACCAUAUUUGACGAUUCUGGGUUUAAGAAAAUUUUAAAUCCUCUAACUGAAGCUAUUGGUGGAGGUUUUACUAUAAAUCCACACAAUAUCAAAUCCCAUAUUUUAUCUACCUCAGCUAUAAUAAUUGAUAAAAUUAAGUCUGACAUAAAAAAUCAAUUAAUUAGUUUGAAAAUAGAUUGUGUGAAGCGACAUAGUCGUUCAAUUAUGGGCGUUAAUGCCCAGUAUAUUAAAGAUAAUCAAUUAUGUUUGUAUACAUUAGCCAUGAUAGAGGUUAACGAGCAACAUACAUCAGAAAAUUUAAAAAAAUUGCUUUUUGAAAUACUAGAUAAAUAUGAUAUCAAAAAAGAACAAGUAUAUACAAUUACUUGUGAUAAUGCGGCAAAUAUGGUGAAAUUAGCAAGAAUAGAGAAUGAAGCACCAGAACAAUGUAUAAUGACAGGGAUAAAUGAACAAGAAUGUGAUAAUAAUGAUAGCUUUGAUGAUGAUCAGUCUGACGUUUACAUUAAUGAAGGAGGGCAACUUUCAAGUACCGACAUUGAAAAUGAACUUAAUAAUACUGAACAAUUAACUAAUGGUAUAAACCAAUGUUUGUACUUCCCUCAGCCAAUUACAUCCUGUGUGCGGUGUUCAGUGCACACAUUACAGCUGUGUAUACUUCAAGGGUUUAAAUCUGUACCAAUUAUGAAUACUGUAUCACGGGCUAGACAUGUUGUAAAAAAACUUAGAAUCCCUAAGUAUUCCUGUUGGUUGGCAAGGGAAGAUUUUAAAUUAGCCAUUCUGGAUAAUGAAACGAGAUGGAAUUCAUUAUAUAAUAUGUUGUUUAGACUUUUAGAAUUAAAAGCUUUUUGUAAAAAAUAUGAUGAAAAAAAUUUGGAGUUAAAACUUCAAAAUAGUGAGUGGGAAUGUAUUCAAAGCAUUGUUGAAGCUUUGAAACCUGUGAAGAUCGCUACAUUAGCUCUUCAGAAACAGGAUCUAAAUUUGGGAGAUUUUUUUGGAAUUUGGUGGAGAGCCUCUAAUGGUUUGAAAUCAAAUGGUUCCAUACUAUCUAGAUCUAUUUUAAAGGCCAUGGUAGAACGUCAAGCAAUGUUGUUAAAAAAUGAUGUUUUCUUAGCAGCAAUAUUCCUUGAUCCAAGGUAUCAAUGUUUAUUGAAUGAAUACCAAAUAAAAGAUGGAAUAGACCAUUUAGUAUUGACUUGGAAUGCUUUGCUCCAGCUAAAUAAAUCGGAUGAAGAUUUAGAUAAUGAUAUUAAUCUCAAUAACUCAGAUCUGGUGGUAGAUAAUGCUGAGACUGAAGUUGUUAAUAAUGAAGAUGAAUUUGAGUUGUUCUUGUCUUCACGAUCAUCUAUAUCAACUGUAAAUAGUGGUGAUAAUGAUAAUACGAUUAAUAUAAAAAUACUUUUAAAUGAUUUUAAAAAUAUUAAACUUGAACCAUACAUUUCAAAAGUUAUGAACUAUUGGGAAACAGAACAGCUAAUUAGACCAGAACUUUACAAGCUAGUUUGUAUUGUGCAUGCUGUCCCUGCCACUCAAGUCAGUGUCGAGAGAAGUUUUUCGGGGUUGAAAUUUAUACUAUCUGAUUUAAGAACAUCAUUGUCUUCAGAACAGUUAAAUGCCAUCAUGAUAGUUCGAAGCAAUACUAAAUUUAACAAAUAA